AUGGAUACGUUAUCUCAGAACGCUCCGAAAAGUAAGAAGGGUAAGAGAGAGGAGUCGAAGAAACAGUACAGAGAUUUUGAAGAUGGGAAAGACAUUGGUUCCGAUGACGACGCAAGAGGAAAGAGAAGGAAGAAGGAGGAGGAUAAGCAACGAGCGUCGGAACAAGUCGAAAUGAAAAAGCUCGAGAAUUUGUUAUUCGGAUCUCUCUACUCCCCUGUUACCUUCGGUAAAGAAGGCGGCGGCGAUGUAGAAGCAGAUGGGUCUUCUCUGUUUCACGUCGACCGCUCUGCUGCCGAAGAGAUUCCGGAUUACGAGGAUGAUGAUGAGCAGCUUUCUGAUGAGGAGAAGAGAGGUCAAGCUGAGGGGAGAAUUAGAAAGGGAGAAGCUGCCUGGGAAGAUGAAGAAGAGAAAGAGCUAACCAUUGACAUAGCUACUGUUAACCGUCUGAGGAAGCUAAGGAAAGAGGAAAACGAAGGCUUGAUCUCCGGUUCUGAGUACAUUUCGAGGCUGAGGGCACACCAUGCGAAGCUAAACCCGGGGACGGAAUGGGCUCGGCCUGAUUCGCAAGUGAAUGAUGGAGAGUCUUCAGAUGAUGAGUACGAGGGUGGAGAAGGUGAUGAUGAUGAUAUCCUCCGAACAAAUGAAGAUCUUGUGGUGAAACGCCGUGGUAACAAGCUGUCUUCUGGUCUUCUCGAGUACUCGAAGCUCGUGGACGCCAAUGUAGCGGAUCCUUCAAACGGUCCGAUAAACUCUGUCCAGUUCCAUCAGAACGCUCAGCUGCUUCUCGCUGCUGGAUUGGAUCGGCGGUUGAGGUUUUUCCAGAUUGAUGGGAAGAGGAACACCAAGAUCCAGAGCAUUUUUCUCGAGGAUUGUCCCAUUCGUAAAGCGGCCUUCUUGCCUAAUGGCUCUCAGGUCAUUGUCUCUGGAAGGAGAAAGUUCUUCUACAGCUUUGAUUUGGAGAAGGCACAGUUUGACAAGAUUGGUCCUUUGGUUGGCAGAGAAGAGAAAAGCUUGGAACAGUUUGAGGUGUCACAAGACUCCAAGACGAUAGCCUUCAUGGGCCACGAAGGUUACAUCUUACUUGUGUCCACAAAGACAAAAGAGCUGAUAGGAACCUUGAAGAUGAAUGGCUCUGUCAGGUCCUUAGCGUUCAGUGACAAUGGGAAGGAGUUGCUGGGGUCAGGAGGAGACGGACAAGUCUACCUCUGGGAUCUGAGAACAAUGAGGUGCAUACACAAAGGUGUGGAUGAAGGCAGUACUGGUGGCACUGCUCUUUGCAGCUCGCCAAACGGAGCGUUGUUUGCCUCCGGAACAGACAGAGGGAUCGUUAACAUUUACAAGAAGUCAGAGUUUGUUGGAGGCAAGAGGAAGCCGAUAAAGACGGUGGACAAUCUCACUUCCAAGAUUGAUUUCAUGAAGUUUAACCAUGAUGCUCAGAUUCUUGCUUUGAUCUCUACGUUGAACAAGAACAGUGUGAAGCUUGUCCAUGUUCCGUCCUUGACCGUGUUCUCAAACUGGCCGCCGCCAAACAGCACCAUGCAUUACCCUCGCUGCUUGGAUUUCAGCCCCGGAAGUGGCUUCAUGGCUAUGGGAAACGCCGCCGGGAAAGUGUUGCUGUACAAACUACAUCAUUAUCAGAAUGCUUGA